AGUGUAGCCGGCGACAGUCAAGUUGGAAUUGUUGCACAUUUUUAAUAAAUAUUUAAUCAUAUGUUGUAAAUAAACUUGAGAAUUCCCUGCCAAUAUAUUUUGGAAGUAUGGCUGGACCAGACGUGGCAGCGCUAGCUGCUGACUUAGCACGUGCUGUAGAACUUACUAUGAGUACAGGGGCUUCUCAACAAGACAGACUAAGGGCUUAUCAAGCAUGCGAGAGUUUUAAGGAAACUUCUCCUCUUUGUGCUGAAGCAGGCCUAUAUCUAGCAGCUGGCACUCAACACUCACCAAUAUCAAGACAUUUUGGCCUUCAACUUAUGGAACAUACUGUAAAAUAUCGUUGGACUCAAAUAUCACAACAAGAAAAAAUUUUCAUUAAGGAAAAUGCAAUGAAAUUACUUUCUGCUGGAGGUGUUAGUGAUGAAUCCCACAUGAAAGAUGCCCUUAGUCGUGUUAUUGUAGAAAUGGUUAAACGAGAAUGGCCCCAGCAAUGGCCUGGUCUGUUGGGAGAAUUGUCAGAUGCUUGUGCCUGUGGGGAAACUCAAACUGAGCUUGUUUUACUUGUUUUCUUACGUCUUGUCGAAGAUGUAGCAUUAUUACAGACACUGGAAUCAAACCAACGCAGGAAAGAUAUUUACCAUGCACUGACGGCUAACAUGGCAGUCAUAUUCGACUUCUUUCUCAGACUCAUAGAACUGCAGGUCAGUCAGUUUAGACUCAACAGUGAGUCUAACGUUACCAAAGCCAAUGCUCAUGGUCGAGUAGUCCAAGUUGUUUUGUUGACUCUUACUGGCUUUGUAGAAUGGGUUUCCAUGAGUCACAUAAUGGCACAAAACGGAAGAUUACUACAAAUUCUUUGCCUUCUAUUAAAUGAUACUGCAUUUCAGUAUUCUGCAGCGGAAUGCCUAUCACAGAUUGUAAAUAGAAAAGGAAAAGUGGAAGAGAGGAAGCCAUUGUUAAUAUUAUUCAAUAAUGAACCUAUGGAAUGCAUCCUGAAUGCCGCAAAAAAUCCUGGAACCAUCGGCGACGAACAACAUUAUUUGUUUAAAAAGAAAUUAAUUCAAGUUAUGGGAGGCUUAACAACUCAAGUGUGUACCUUAUGGGGUAAAGACGGCCUCGCUCGUCCAUCUAACUUCUCGAUGUUCCUCGAGGCUGUUCUCGCCUAUAGCAGUCAUCCCAGUCUCAACAUCGCUCAUGCUGCUAACCCUCUGUGGAACAGUAUGUUAAAAAAUGAACAAGUGGCCAGGGAUCCCAUCUUCUUGUCCUACAUACCGCAGUGGGUACAGUGCACGGCGCCAAAGAUAAUCAAGUUCAAUUAUCCUGUCGGCAAGAGUCCAACGAGGAGGGAUCUUGGGGAGAAUGCAUUAUACGCUAGGCUAGAUUUUGAUAGCGAUGAGGAAUUUUCUGCUUAUUUCUACAGGUGUCGAUCAGACUUUUUGGAUUCUUUCAGGCAAGCGACUGUAGUAGCACCUUUAGUAACCUUUAAUUAUGUCGAACAAUGGUUAAUGAAGUGCCUGCAAGUUCCAAAUGUCACUGCCGGCUUAUCGUUUUUGGAUCCGGUUUAUCAAGAGUGGGAAGCCUUAUCCAACUUUCUGGAGAGUAUCUUGAGUAGGGUCUUGCAAGCAAACGGCCGUCCACCCAUUGCUUCGGGCCUGAGAUUACUCCAGUUAUGUUUAUCUUACCAGCCAGCGGAUGCGCUGAUCCUAUCAACGCUGCUAACUUGCAUUUCGGCAUUGUUUGUAUUUUUAAGUAUGUCAACUGGACAAAUGGCACCAACAGCAAAUUCUGUGGCAGCUUCAGGUGCCGCACUGCUACCCCAAGUUCUCGAAAAAAUAUUCUCAACUCUAGUCUACACUCCCGAAGGCCAGUCAAUCAACAACCGAUCCAGAGCCGUGAAAAAUGUCAGGCGUCAUGCGGCUUCUUUAAUGGUGAAAAUAGGUAACAAAUAUCCGUUGCUGUUACUACCGGUCUUCGAUCAAAUUAGAGCGACGGUCGAGGCUCUGUCUAGGCCCGACGGACCUGCGCAGUUAAGUUGUUUGGAGAAAGUUACGUUGCAAGAGGCUCUGUUGUUGAUUUCCAAUCAUUUUGGGGAUUACGACAGGCAGAGUACGUUUGUAGGGGAAGUGCUGAGGGAAGCCAAUGCUCAAUUUUUAGAAAUAGUCAAUUUAGGUGCAUUUAGAAACGCAGCAAACUUCAUCACUUUCGUCGGACUGGACAAACCUCCGGUUCCUUCCAACAAUGAAGACGCUUGCGGCCAAAACAGGGGCAACAUUAUCUUCUGCGUCAACCUCCUUCUAGGCGCAGUCAAACGUUGUGCUUGGCCAGACGAUCCGGAACGAGCGACCCGUGGAGGUUUUGUAGUUUCUCUUACGGAAUCUGGCAAUCCUGUGUGCCGAAACCCAGCAGCUCCGCACGUUGUACCACUACUGCCUCAUAUUCUUUCUUUAAUCAAGAUAUUUAACGAACUGUUCACCCCUGAGACUCAAAGUUUAAUUCAUGACAGUUAUAAAGGAUGUUUAGCAAUGCAAGAGACUGAAAGAAUGAACCUCCUAGGAUUGAUGGGCCACACUAUAGGAACUGAAGCAGCGGAAUCACAAGUGGUGCAAAGCCCAUUAGAGAGGAUGCAGCGGUUCCUUACAGCAUUACACGAAAGCUGCUAUCAUAUGAUGGGUUCUUUAGGGCCCUCUUUGGGAAGAGAUUUGUACAAUAUACCGGAUCUUGGCCUGGCGAUUGUCAACAGUGUUUUGUCAUUUAUACAAUAUAUUCCAGAUUACCGAAUUAGGCCGAUAAUUAGGGUAUAUCUGAGGCAGUUUAUUUUCUCUUGCCCAGCACCAUUUUACGAAGUCGUCGUUCUACCUAUCAUGACACAUCUUUCUCCUAUAAUUUUGUCGAGGUUACAUACAAAAUGGCAGCAAGUUAUCGAAUUUCGCAACCGCGAAGCCCAAGAGGACAACCAAGACACACAGGAAGUAUUAGAAGACAUCCUUACCCGCGCCAUAACUAGAGAAUACUUAGAUCUUUUGAAAGUUGCACUGGUAGGCGGAAGUGUCACUCCAGAGUCUAAUUCGGAAACGAUGGAAACCGAGGAGCACAGUAUGGAUUCCCCUACACCACCUCAUACUCGAACUAAUAUGACAAAUGAAGUUAUUUCUGAUUUAGGGUUAAUGUUGCUGCGCAGCGAGAAAACGUGCCAUUCGAUUGUGCUGGCUGUUCUCGGUGCUUUGGCGUGGAUAGACAGUCAGGCUUCAUUCAAGGCUACUCUGCUUACAGGCCCAAUAGUCAGACAGCUAGCUUCGGACAAGUCCCUCAACGGCGAAGUGGCGGCUCACAUAAUGGCAGCAGUUCUAAACGCUCUAACGCUGCACGGACAACACGAAUCCAAUCAAGGUUCUCUAUUGACUUUGGGCGCUCAAAUAUAUGAAUUAUUGCGACCAUCAUUCCUUGAAGUUCUCACGGUGAUGCAGCAGAUACCAGGCGCCAAUCCGGUCGAUUUACAGAAGUUGGAUGAACGAAUCUCUGGAACUACUAGUAAAGGGAAUAAAAUCGAGAAGGUCAAAAAGGAUUUGUUCAGAAAGAUCACUGGAAAUCUAAUAGGAAGAAGCAUGGGCCAGUUGUUCAAAAAAGAAGUAAAAAUCCACGACUUGCCUCGAAUAGUAGUACAGAAAAAGCCGGAACAUGAAGAAGUGAUCACAAAUUUACGAAACGUUUUCAGUUAAUGAAUUGUACAAUUGUUUUAGAAUAUGUAUGUAAUUUAUUCGCAUUGAACUUGUGCAACAUUCCGUGUUGUUCAAUUGAGAUUGACUGGUAAAAUCGUAAUAAAUUGUGUUAUGGACUUUAUAUUAAUUAUUUUUGCCUAAUUUUUGUAUAUACUUUGUUAGUUUAUUUAUAAUUCUUUUUGUUUAUGAUCAAAUUAAAGAAUAUAAUAUAAUUCUGAA